AGAGCAAUGCCACUCAGGAUAGAUUAGGCACCAUUUGCCAUAACUAAAUAGUUACAUUGUACAUCAAGUAGGGAGAAUUAUUUUAAUUGGUAGCCCACCGCGCUCGGCGGAGAGUUACACUUCGUCUUCGUUCAAACCGUUUUGAAUGCAACAAAGUGUGACGUUCGAACCUCCCGUCUCAUCAAACAGAUGUGGAUACACUGCUCGGUGCAGCAGAAGGAUGUGGUGUGAAGCGGACAGAUGAGUGGCUCUACAACGCCUGCAGGUAACGUCCAGGUUGCCAAAAAGGUGUCACAGGAUCCCCAGGGAGACAGUCCAGAUAAGGGUGCUGAGCAGUGCUGGUGAGCAUCCCAGCAGUCAGAGGAGAGCAGGAGCUGCCCAGCUGAGGUGAAGGGGAGGGCAGAAGAUCCCAGUUCAGCCUGAGUGUUGAUGACCUGCCCCCACAAACAGGACCAUGAUCUGAAGAGGGUGCUGCACACAGAACCCCAUUCUUCCUUUCCUCCUUCUCCCUCUUUUUUUUAUUUUUAUUUUUAUUUUUUCAGUCUUUCUGGUGAAGGCGUCCCUGUGUCGAGUGCUUCAAACAGAAUCAGUUUGCACAGAGAGGGCAGACUGAGAGUGACUAAACAUUUCAAGAGGAAGAAACACAACAACAGCCAUCCGUGACCCCAGACCUUGCCACUCUCCCCUGCUCCUCCCACUGCAACACCAGAACCAUGGGGAGGAAAAAGAUCCAGAUUCAGAGGAUCACUGAUGAACGUAACAGACAGGUGACGUUCACCAAACGGAAGUUCGGUUUGAUGAAGAAGGCCUACGAGCUGAGCGUCCUGUGUGACUGCGAGAUCGCUCUUAUCAUCUUCAACCACUCCAACAAGCUGUUCCAGUAUGCCAGCACUGACAUGGACAAGGUCCUGCUCAAGUACACCGAGUACAAUGAACCCCACGAGAGCCGGACUAACGCCGACAUCAUUGAGGCUCUGAACAAGAAAGAGCACCGGGACUCUGAGAGCCCAGACCCUGAGGAGCCCUUCUCCCUCACCCCCCGCACUGAAGAGAAAUACAAAAAAAUUGACGAGGAGUUUGAUAAAAUGAUGCAGAACUAUAGGCUGUCAUCUACGGUCCCACAGCCGGCCUUCUCCAUGCCAGUCACCGUGCCGGUAUCCAAUCAGAAUGCGGCGGCGGCAGCAGCCCUCCAGUUCAGCAACAACCCUGCCGGCGCCCUGGUCACCACCACCUCCUUUGUCACCUCCACCCUCACAGAUCCCCGCCUCCUGUCGCCACAGCAACCAGCUCUGCAGAGGAACACCGUGUCACCCGGGUUACCACAGCGACCAGCCAGCGCAGGUGCUCUGUUAGGAGGAGAUUUGGGGAACUCCAAUGGAGCGUGCCCAAGUCCAGUCCCUAAUGGCUACAUCAGUGCCAGGGCCUCCCCAGGCCUCCUCUCCGUAUCCAACGGCAACAGCCUGGGGAAAGUAGUCCUGGCUAAAUCUCCAACUCCACCCAGCCCUCAGAUGGUCAACAGCCGCAAGCCGGACCUGAGGGUCAUCACUUCGCAGAGUGGCAAGAGCCUCAUGCAGCUGACAGAGGAGGAGCUGGAGUUGGUGAGUGAGAACGCUCAGCGACUAGGUGGCUCCCAGGUGGCACAGCCGCUCACCACACCUGUGGUCUCCGUGGCAACACCCAGUCUCCUCGCGCCCUUCUCCGGCAUGCAGACAGCCUACAACACUGAGUACCAGCUGACGAGUGCAGAUCUCACAGCGCUCCAGACGUUCACACCACCAGGGCUGGUGCCUGGCAACAUGGCUGCCUGGCAACAGCAACAGCAACCAGCAGUUUCUCAGCAACAACAGCAACAGCAACAGCAGCAGCAGCAGCAACAGCAGCUGAGCUUGGCGUCACUCAGUAAUUUGGUCAUGUGGGGUGCAGAGAAACAGAAUGCGGAGAUGGUUAACUGCAUCUCCAAUUUUGCUGCUAACCUGAGCUUGGCUUCUCAGUCCAACUUGCUCUUUGGCAGGGAGGAGGGCCUCUGCUGGCCAGUGGGCAACAUACCUCAGGGCGCUGCACUGACAGUCAACACAAACCCCAACAUCAGCAUCAAGUCUGAGCCCGUCUCACCAAACCGCGACCGCAGCACUCCCAGCUCCACCAGUGGCGCCGGGGGAGGUGGAGUUGGCCAUGUUCAAGUCCAGGGACAAGGUCUGGUGUCUGUCGCCUACCCUGGAACCCUGCGCCUGGAAGCAGGAGGCCAAGGCCGCUCACCCGUCGAUAGCCUCAGCAGCAACGGCAGCUCAUACGAGGGCAGCGACCGGGACGACGGCACCCAGGGUCGAGGCGGGGGUCCGGACUUCCACCACCAUGCUGGUGCUGGAGCCCAACAGCCCACCAUGGUCCUCCUGCGGCCCUCUUCAGCGGAGCCACAGGAACAGGACGGGACCAACGUCAAGAGAAUGAGACUGGAUACCUGGGUCACAUAAAGAGAUGAAUGGGAAGAGAGGGAUGGACAGAUGGAGGAUGGAAAUGUGUACUUGUGGCUUGUGUACAUGCCCCCACCAGCCCCGAAGCCCCCAUUCUCCCCCUUUCAUACACACAUGCAUAAUAUACCCACCAUUGAUCUAGUAACCUACUGUCCACACAGGAAGCAUUGCCCUUACACAUACAUACACAAACGAGUAUGCUAACACACUCUUGUCGCACGUGUGGACACUGACGCUCACUUGUAUGGCAAUGUGCAUUCACAUUUGAACUCUAAUGUACUCUCACUCACACACUCAAAACCCCCAGAGGGUUAAGCCACCAAACCAGGGAUUAUUUGUCAAAAUAAUUACCAUCUCGUACUUCAUUCAGCUGUAUUUGAAUAGAAGUGAAUGAGUAAGGUUUUAAUCAGGCCACACUGACUAGUAAAAGCCUAAAUUUGGCCCCAUGAACUACUACCGGACAUGUUGACAGUUGCUGGCAGAGCAGACAAACAAACCAGACUUGGUUUCCCUGCAUGACCUGCAUUUGGUUAGAUUGUGGUGGCAUUGCUCCACCCCCAUGUCCUUACUGUCUGUUAAUCCACAGUAGGUUUUGAUCAAAAAUGAAAGCACUGCAUUAGAACAGUGCCACCAAAUGAGUCCACAUCUUUGUACACAUCCGCCCAUCCACAAUUGUAUUGCUAUUGCCCUAGCUUCUUGUUUCUUUUCUAAGAGCCUGGGCGGUUUUGCUCUUUUUAAAGCGUGAAGUUUUGUCCUUCUGUCUUGACUGUUGAUCUUUAGAAUUUGGAUUUGUUUCGGUUUUGAAUGAAGACACUAAAAAGAAAACUGGCCUCCCUCCCCAGCCAAGCCGGCGACUACAUCAACAGGCCGGCACGUUGGCCCUGUACAAGAAUGACGACCUCUGGGUCUUUAUUUAAUCAGAACCAUGCAGACUAGCUGUAGAAACGAGGAACAGGAUUUGUUGCCGAGGUAAAAAGACUGCUUUUCUUUGAAUCAGGGAUGAGCUGCAAAAGCUCAACGACAUGACGCAGAUACUCCUCGUUUCACCCACAUCAUGUCAACUGCAGAUGCUGAGAAAGGCGUGUGUGUAUACGGGUUUGUUACCUCAACUGGUCAUCUUUUUUUUUUCUCAAAGUGAUUUGGACAAAUGUUCAAUUUCAUCCUUGAACACACACCUACAAUGCACACAGCUGAAAGUAUUUUUGUGAAGCAACUCAUGUUUUGAAUAGAUAGCUGAUGUUCAAAGGGGAGAAUCAUGAGGUACCAUGUAUAUAAGCAAUCUGUAACCUUUGUGGCUUUUUGUGUGACAGGGAUAAGGUGUUUUGAAGGUUAAAAAAAUAGAUCAUAUACAAGUAUAUAUUUAAAAAGCUUCAGGCGGCAGCAAGGGCAGCUCUGCGUUUGGGCAAGAGACUACAACAGACGACAGGGAUUGUAUAUAUAAACUAUAUAUUCGGCAGGAUAUCCCUUAAUGAAACAAACAAAAAAAAAACAAGCAAACAUUGAUUCUCAGUGGAUCGGUCUCUUUUUUAUUAUUAUUUAUGCGUGUAUAUAAAGUGUAAUAUGUGGACGAGCCAAGAGUGGGUGCUGUAGAGGCAGAAAGGGAAGACGUAGCCGUGGUGACUCGGACUGUUUUGAGUGAGCAAUGGUUAGGACUCUGUUACUGAUGGAGCGCACUUUACCUUAACUCCCACCUCUGACACCCUCACACACCAACAACACACACACAACCACACAGUACAUACACACUAGGGUUAGACUGAUAUACUUGACUGGUUGUCAAACCUAAAAUCAGGAGUUACAAAUGAAAAAAAUGCACUUUUUAUUUCAUUUUCAAAUUCGUUUUUACUGUAGUUUAAUUGAAAUAUUUUUUUAAUUGUACAUCAACCAGUCAGAGCUUCUUUCGUGGCCUCUGUUACUGGUACAUGCUAGCUGCCUAUUUGAAAUGAAUUUAGUUUGAUUGUUGCUUUUUUUCCAAUAGCUGAGUAGCACAGAUUUAUUGUAAAUUGAAGUAAUCAAUUCUGACAUUUUUUUCACUCAAUGUCAGCUCAACGUCAUAAAGUUGGUGGUGCAUCAUCAUGUGAUCACCUUGAAUAUAUUUGGAGGCUUUUCCACUUUGGUGAUUUCUGCAGAUAUGACCACUAUUUAUUGAGAAUUCUUUGGCAAAUCAAAGUAUUAAGUAUUGGCAGCUUCGGUUAAAAAAUGCCACUUUUAUCUGUUACAGACAUAUCAGUCAAGCUCUAGACCACACACUCACAUACAGAUAGUAUAUGAUUAAGUGAGCCAAGGAUGUCCCCCUUUAUGUUUUAGAGGUUUCCCUUUUCCUCCUAUUGAAAGCCAUGUGUCUAUAUUUAAAGGAUCUCUCCUUUGCCUCUCACUGGUUGGCUGUAGUUUUAUAUUAUUGAAGACUAUGAAGGAAAAAGAAAUGUGAAGGAUGUCAUUUUUGUACUCUGUAAAAGUGGCAAAAGGUGAUGUAGGGUUUAGUGGGUAGAUUUUUUUUUAUUUUUUUUUUUUAAAAACCGUGGUGGUCAAAAGUGCAAAUUCAUGUAUUUAUUUUUCCUAAAAGCACUCUGAGCCUCCAUCCAUUUGCUUGUUAAAAGCGCUUGAGGCAGAGUUUGGGUGCCGUUUGUCAUUAAGCCGGAGGUUUCAGAACGAUUCUUGAUCUUUUAAUGACUACCUCCCAAAUCCAACACAGACUUGUCAACUUUGGGUUUUACCACAUCCAGCCACUACAUCCUUCUCAUGGGCAGGCCCUCGUCACCUCGCUCUCACCCCCGUCACUCACUCACUCAGUUUUUUUUUUUUUCCCCUCCCUGUCUGGAAGCUUAAUCUCCAAACACCACACACACAAAUACACACAUGCAUUUCAUUACACACUCCUUCUCUGUUUACUUCGUCCACAUAGCGGGUGUCAUCGCUGAAAUGACAUCCAGUCAAAUUAUUUUGGGGUCAUUUCCAUGGACUAACACAACCAACCCCUACUCUCUCUCUCUGACUUGCAGCUUCAUCACACACUACUCCCAUCAUCCUCCCCUCAAUUCAUCUGUGAUUUCUCAUUUACUUUUUCUCCGUCUGUCACUCACUCACGCACACUCAUCCUCUCUGUGACAAGUCUGAGUGUCAAUAUUGCUUUUCUGAGUGCAUGGCAGAGUGAACAUAAAUCCUCCAAGUGUAAACACUUUGACUGUUAAGACUGUUGUGCCCAGAGCUUCGAACAAAAUAUCAAAAAAAGAGAUACUCGACUCCAUGUUUAAGCCGGCAAGAGAUAGGUUUGAUCAAAAGAAAAAAAGAAAUAAAAUGACAACCUUUGCAACAGAACUCAUGGGAGUUUUGUUUGUCAGCAGGCAGGCCAGAGUUCUUAUGAAGCCCUGACAUGUUCUUUAGAACUACACUUUCGUUUGCUGUAAUCACAAGAUAGAAAGACAAUCGUGCAGAGAAACAGCUCCAAGACACCCACUCCCCACCCUUAAAAAAGCAACUACAUGCUCCUGUAUAAUGAUGUUUAGAAGUCUCACUCACUUUCCAGUGUUAAUUUGUGCUGGUGACAGUCUGUUUUUAAUUGUUCUCUGAGAAUUGAUAUUAUUAUUAUUAUGAUUAUCAUCGUCAUCAUUACCACAGCCUUCACUGAUGGUAGCUGUCAUGAUGAUAUAGAGAUCUGCGUUUUUUUUGUUUUUUUUUCCGUGUAGGUUAGGCAUCUUGUUUUAUUUGGAAUUUGAUUUUAUUUUAUUAUAUAAAAAUAUUCUAUAAAUAUAUUUUUGUUUUCUCUUUUUUGGAAUUUGCUUUUCGUUUUUUUUUUUCCUUCAAAAAGGGUGUUACUAAUGUUGCACGAUUUUUAUGAACAUGAAACAACACAAGCGUAGUGGUAUUAGUACACGUGUGGCUGCGGACGGAGGCGCUGAACGAGUCGACCGCGACGACAACCGCUUCAAUGCUGCAACUGUGAGUCCAAAUGUACAAAACCUCUCAGUCCACACAUGGUAACAUGGAGGGAGGGGGGGGGGAGCAGGGUGACACGUCUAACUUAUUUCUGACCAGACACAAUGAUGUCAAAUGCAUGGGCGUUUCAAAACAAGAGAAGAGUGAAUCAUGUUAUAGGACAUAAAAUGUAAUAUUGACACAAAUACACAUCACACAGGAUUAAGAAACAAAAAAAAAAACUAAAAAAUUGAAGAAAAAUGUUUAAAAUAAAUUAUAGCUAAUAUAUUGUGUUCGGCUAGUCUGCUUUUUUGUUGUAAAGAUAAAUUUUUUUGUUGUUUUUGGAGAAUGAUAUACAAUUUGUGUAUAUUUUCAUAAAUAAAGUAUGCACUGAUAUGUUAUUACAAAUUCUAUACUGCUUUUACAAAAAAAAGUGUUUGUUAUUGUACCAAAGUAUCCAUUGGUCCCCUCUUACCCUCCUCCCCUUUUUGCGUAUGUUUUACCGUAUUUUAUAUAUUAAAUAGACAAGUUGACCUACAGAUAAAGUUUGAGUUUGUGUCCUUCAUUUUUAGGUUUGUGUCACUCUGGUAUGGAGGCAUCACCAUGUUGUCGCCACUAGAGGGCGCUGUAGUGUUUGGUAUUAGUUGGCGAGAUCUGCUCAUGGGCCAAGAAGCUGAGAUUUCCAAUAGGUCAGUAUUAGUUUAUUUUAUCGUUUUGUUAUUAUGGUAAUAACUUUCCAUUUUAGCAUAUGAAAAUGAGGAUGAAUGAAUGUAUUAUUACACUUUUUUAAUCAAAGCAAAUAUGCAGUGUUCUCCAAGAUGUGUGUUUGAAAUUGCUAUAUUAUUUUAUGAUAAAGUCAAUUUUGUCAGGAGAGGCUGCUAGCUUCUUUGAAUUAGCGGAGAGAGGCAAGAGGCUUUCAGCUGGUGGGACUGAUUUGUCUGUCCUUUAAGGUAUAAAAGGUAUGAAACGUGACUGUAUGAAUAUUAUCCCCCUUAAAGCCUUUAUUUAGUAGAUGCACCUCCUGCUUCAAGUACAGCAUUUAGCCUGUGUAGAUACAGUAGGUCCUAAUCAGCUUUGCACAUCUGGAAACUAUAAUUUUACCCCAUUUUUCUGUGCAAAACAGCUGAAGCUCUGUCAGGUUGCACAGGAAUUGUGAGUCAAAAGCCCCUUUUACGUCCAGACACAAAUUCUAAUUGGAUUCAGGUCUGAGCUCUGACUUAGCCGCUCCAAAACAUUUACCUUGCUGUGUUUAAACCAUUUCUGUGCAAAUUUGGGCAUUUGCUUCAGGUCAUUAUCUUGCUGGAAAACACAUUUUCUCUCAAGUUGUCAUUCUCAUGCAUACUGCAUGAAGGUCCUGCAGUAUUUCCCUGUAUUUUUCUGCAUUCAUUUUAACCUCCACUUUUACAAACUUUCCAACGCCUGCAGCUAAGACAUUUCCCCAAAUAAUGAUGCUGCCACCACUAUGCUUUGCAGUGGGGAUGAAGUGUUUGUGAUGAUGUGUUUGGUGUCUGCCGAGCAUAGCAUAAAGUAUGAUGGCAAAAAAGCUCGAUUUUGAGACUAAUCAGACCAAUCAAUCUUAUUCCAGUUGACUUCAGAGUUUUCCACAUGUCUUCAGGUUAACUGCAGUCGAGAUUUAACCAGACUUUGUUUUCAACAGUGGCUUUAAGUGGUGAAGAACACAGGAAACAGGUGUUAUAUGCACAGUCUUUCCUAUCUCAGCUGCUGAAGCUUGCAAGUUCUUGAGAGGAGUCAUAGGUGGCUUCUCUCACUAGUUUCUUUGUUGUGCAGUUGCUCUGUUUUAGGGGACACCUGCUCUCAGCAGAUUUAUGCGUGUUCCAUAUUCUUCCCAUUUCUUAUUGAUGAAUUUAACUGCAUUUCAGGAUAUUCAGUAACUUGUAAGAUUCUUGCAUCCAUCCCCUGACUUAUGCGUUUCAACAACCUUGUCACAAAGUUGCCUGGAGUGGUGUUUUUUUUCCCUGUCUUCAUGGUGUACUGGUUGUACUAUAUUGACCGUAGCUGUCCUAUAGUGAAUGUUGGCAGCAAAUGCUUUGGGUCCUGUGUGCAGCCCAUGGAUGCUAGGAUUGGGAUCUAGGGAGCUGGGAUAUCAGUUGUUGAUUUCUUUGUCAUAUUUUUGAGCCAGUUUUUUUAGUGUUGGAGAGUGCAAUGUCCUCAAAGUGAAGGUUCCUACCAUCAAGGAGCCCCCUGUCAUUGGGCUGUGCUUAUUCUGAAAGCUGUUUUGGUAGGUCUAUUGUCCACAUAAAUGAUAAGAUUUCCCAUGCAGAGCAUUGCAUUAUAACGUGAUCAUGUACACUCACUGGCCACUUUAUUAGGUAUACCAUGCUAAUAAAAGUUUGGACCCCUUUUGCCUUCAGAACUGCCUUCAUUCUUCGUGGCAAACUUUCAACAAGGUGAAUAUAUCCCCCACACCAUUUCACCACCAACAUCAGCCUGAACUGUUGAUAUAAGACAGGAUGGAUCCAUGCUUUCAUCUUGUUUAUGCCAAAUUCUGACCAUCUGAAUGUUGCAGCUGAAAUCGAGACUUAUCAGACCAGGCAACGUUUUUCCAUUCUUCUAUUGCCCAAUUUUAGUGAGCCUCUGUGAAUUACAGCCUCAGUUUCCUGUUCUUAGCUGACAGGAGUGGCUGCUGCUGUAGUCCAUCUUCUUCAAGGUUGGACAUGUUGUGCUUUCAGAGAUGGUAUUCUGCAUUCCUUUGUUGUAACAAGUGGUUAUUUGAGUUACUGUUGCCUUUCUAUCAUCUCCAGCCAGUCUGCCCAUUCUCCUCUGACCUCUCACAUCAACAAGGCAUUCUCGUCCACACAACUGCUGCUCACUGAAUAUUUUCCCUUUUUUGGACCAUUCUCUGUAAACCGUAGAGAUGGUUGUGUGUGAAAAUCCCAGUAGAUCAGCAGUUUCGGAAACACUCAGACCAGCCUGUCUGACACCAAGAACCAUGCCCUGUUCAAAGUCACUUCCAUCAUCUUUCUUCCGUAUUCUGAUGCUCAGUUUGAACUUCAGAAAUUUAUCUUGACCACGUCUACAUGCCUAAAUGCAUUGAGUUGAGGCAAUGUGAUUGGUUGAUUAGCUAUUUGUGUUAACAAGCAAUUGAACAGGUGUACCUAAUAAAGUGGCUGGUGAGUGUAUGUUUUACAUCCUAUGUGUCCAUGGUUGUAAUUUUGUAGCAGAUUGUUGUAAAAGUACCAAAUACCCUUAUUUUUAACCCAAAAGAUCGAGUGGAGACCAAAAUGAAGUUAAAAGAGUUACAUCACAUAAUGUCCAGAAAGACAACUCCAAAUAAAUGUUAAUGUUGCUUUGUGUCUGCUGUUGUGUCACCAGCUUGUUUCCACUGCUCCAAAUGAGGAAAAAAAGUAGAAUUUUACAAAUUGAUAUAAAGGUUUGUAUGAAAAUAUUUUACUUGUAAUGAUUUCUUAUACAACAGUGGCUGAUUUUACUGUCACCACCAUGUAAGAUGUGGUUUACUCAAUGUAAAGCAUUUAAAAGGCUUUUAUAGGUAUUUUAAGGCUUUGAAGCCAAUAAUUGGACUAAUUAGAUAACUAGACUGUUAACGUUGAUUAAUUGCAGCUGCAAACAUCAGGUUUAAUACAGUCUUUCCAAUAUUAGGAGAUAUAUAGGAGAACAAUUAAAUACUUUGAAAAUGCAGCUAAAUAUGCUGUCUGCAUUUCAUGAUAACACAAUGUAGGGCUGGUAAUUUUCAUAAGUUCUGAACUAUUUUUUUUAUAUUGUGCAUGUUUUGGUAUCCCAUUUCCAAUGAACAACACUGGUGACUCUCCCACUCAAUCCAGGACUCAUUGAGCUGACCGCAGGCCGUCAUCUGACACAGUCAGCUGUUUUGUCCACAGCAGACGUUGGGCUCAUGUCUCAGACAGACACACACUCUCUUGGCUCAACAGGUCACUAAUAAUAACCGCACACACUCUCAGACAGCUGAGUGAAAAAUCAAACUGGACAGUCCGGGUAUUGUCUGUCAGACCGCCCACCCAUUUCCUGCUGCUGAGUGAGGAAGGCAGCCUUUUUCUGAGGGAGAUCCUAUCUGUCUACAUUUAAGUUUCCACUUAAAUAUGAGGGAGUUAUAAGCAGAGUGGUCUAACCCACAACCCAACUAUAGCAUUACAGUGGCGCUUCGAAUGUUAGACCAUUCUUGAAAACACAAAAACUACAGAAAGUGGGUUAGACCACUCUGCUUCCAAACCCUUCAUAUACCCUUCGUGUGAGGGUAGUGAUCUUCCAAAGGUUAGAAUUAGCAUCCUCUUCAAUAUUUUGGCUCAGUGUGAACAUGUGUAAAGAAAGCCCAUGUGUGAUAUUUGUGGUUUAUUUGUUGUGACUUUGCUUUGUAGUUGCUCAGAGACAAAGAAUUGGGGGAUUUGAUGUGAGUCAUUGUCUUUCUUUUUACCUUCCUUUGUUUUCUGUGUGUUUAUGGGCGUGGCCUGUCUGCCAGCGCACAUCUAACUUCAUUUCUGCACGCUUAUUCAAUUACUGUGUGAGCAUCUGCUGGCAGAAACACAAACACACACAGAAAACAAACACAGGCUCACACCAGUAGAGGAACUAAGAAACAUCUCCUCUGCCUACGCCCCAUUUACCUCCUCAUCUUGAUGCCAGCUGUUAUAAAACACUGAAACUCUCCUCAUGAAGACAAGUGUGUUUUUCCUUAAAUUUGAAUCAUUCUCACUAAUCAGCUCAUGGAAAAACACAAACCCUCCUCCAUGGUAGAGAGGCUACAUGAAUUCCUGUUUUAGUUCGUGUUGAUCCAUCAUUGUGAUAAUGUUGGCAGUGGGGAAAAAAGGUUAGGACUCAUCUAACCUAAUUUGUGCUUUUUGUAUAAUCCAAUCUAAUUCCUGACCCUUAUCUAAAACAGAAGAUCAACGUGAUCAAACAAAUCCCAGUUUUUAAGAUUAAAUGAACACAUCAAUCAAUCAAACUGAUACAUUUGAGACAAAUAAAGCUUUUAUCAGUCAUAAACCAGUGGCCUUAUUUAUUUAAAAAAAAAUCUUUUGAUUUAUAUAUGAAUUUAGGUUUAAGAUCAAUCAUGAUGCUGUGUUUAUGUUUGAUUCACAGCUAAGCAUAAAAAACCUUACUGCAGCAGGUUCUGAAAACCCAUUUCUGAUUUACCACCUGUGAAAUCUCAAAUCAACAUAAAUUGAUGGCCAGCACAAAUAAAGGUUCAGUCAGGAACACCUAUGGAGCAAAUGAGAAAAGCAAACUUUUCAGAAGAUCAUUGCAAUUGUGAACAAGUGAUCAAAUCCAGGCAACACUUAUAGACUUCAUAGUCGAUUAACAUACAAAGCCAAACAUGCAGUGUGGGAUUGUAUCAUUCCAGUGAACAAGGUGGACGAGAAAGAUGGUAGUGAUAUUAAAAAGAAAUGGUCUGACAUUAAACUACAUCUGAAAAAGAACAGCCUCUUUUUAACUUUAUAAGCUAUUUAUUGAGAAUAAUCUCCAGUUUUUAAUUCAAAACACCUUUUGUCUGGUAGUUCAUUUCUCACACCUUUAAUUUAAUCCUCUAACACUGUGCAAAAGCGCACAAAUUUGGAUGCAUAUGUGUCCCAAACUGCAAUGCUUUUACAAUACCUAACAAAAAUUGGUUCCAUGGAGUGUUUUAUUUUUUAUUCAUGAAUCAUUCCUGCAGUCUCAUUCAUCCUGGAUUACUACAGCAACUUGCAGCUGUCAUUAGGAGAUUGCACACUGCAGUGCAACUUCUGUUCUCUUUUAAUGCAGCCUGGUGACCAGUGGGUUGAUAGUGGUGUAAAGGUCCGUGUAUAUUUUGGCAAUUGGAUUUUCCGUUCUCAAACGGGCACUGAAAAACAAAAAACGAAUGGUUAUUCGAUUUUCGUUUUAAAAUAAUAAAAUUAAAAUUGAAAUACAAGGCGCUUUUUCUUUUUGUGAUCAAAAGGGAUGUACGAAAUUUUAAAAAUGCUUUGAUUUUCAUUUUAUAUUUAGAAAAACAAAAAAAUCAGUAAGAGACGGAAACGAAAAAAGGUCCGUUUUUUUCAUUUUCUGAGACCGGAAGUGGUCAUCAGCAAGUGUGCAGCCAAACAGUACAGUGCAUAGACUGUAUAUAAUUUUUUCGUUAUUUUUCAUGGUCAAAAUGAGAGAUCAGGUGGCCGAUCUUAAAAGAAAAUCAAUAUUGAUUUUUCUAUAGAGCGUUAAAGUUUUGCGAAGCCAGGGGGCGGGGUUACUUGUUUGACAGUCCGGUCUGGAACGAUUGACAGGUCCUAUGGAGGAGGUAGCAGAGACUCUGUUGUCCUCGUUUGGAUUAAUUCUGAUAGAAUAACUGAUGGUUUAUUUAUCAGUGGAGCAGCAGAACAUUUUCCACAGACAGUUUUCCUGCCCGUUGGCUUGUUUUAACCAGUUUUCUGCCUUCGGUUGAUUCUACCAGCAGACACUGAAAGGACUCUGAUAGCUUGGUCCCUUUCUAUCUCCCCACAUAUCCACCAACCACUGGAACACAUCUGCAAAGUUCUGCCGGGCCAGCUCAGCUUCCCCUCAGAAGAAGUGCAGCCACCUGCCAGAUGAAGGAGCCUUUUGAGAGGCAGCUGGCAUCGUGAUUGGACUGUACUUUGGUCUGUUCCAAUCCAGCUUCAGCUCCAAAGACGGCAGGCGGGACGAGUCAACGGAGGCCGGGUGGACGAAGGCAUGCAGCUGAGUGGAAAAAAAAUGCGAUUUUACAACAUGUUGUGAAAACAUGCCAUAUGAUGGAAUAAUGUAAAAGAGGCUGUGAAAAACACUCCAGAAAGGUUUUCUUUGAAAAAAACAUCAUCAUGAAUUUUGGCGCAAAAAAACGACAUAGUAUACUAUGUCGAAAAAAAAAUGUGAUUUUUCAACAUGUUGUAAAAACGUGCCGUAUGAAGAAAUAAUGUAACGAAGGCCGUGAAAAACACUAUGGUAAGGUUUUCUUUGAAAAAAAAAAGUCAUCAUGAAUUUUGGGGGAAAAAAACGCCGUAGUAUACUAUGCCGAAAAAAAAAUGCGAUUUUUCAACAUGUUGUAAAAACGUACCAUAUGAUGAAAUAAUGUAAAGGAGGCCGUGAAAAACACUAUGGUAAGGUUUUCUUUGAAAAAAAAAAAAUCAUGAAUUUUGGCGCAAAAAAAUGCCAUAGUAUACUACGUCGAAAAAAAAAAUGUGAUUUUUCAACAUGUUGUAAAAAUGUGCCAUAUGAUGAAAUAAUGUAAAGGAGGCCGUGGAAAAACACUCCAGAAAGGUUUUCUUUGAAAAAAAAAUCAUCAUGAAUUUUGGCCUAAAAAAAACACCAUAGUAUACUAUGUUGAAAAAAAAAUUUGAUUUUUCAACAUGUUGUAAAAACGUGCCAUAUGAUGAAAUAAUGUAAAGGAGACCGUGAAAAACACUCCAGAAAGGUUUUCUUUGAAAAAAAAUCAUCAUGAAUUUUGGCGCAAAAGAAAACGCCAUAGUAUACUGUGUUGGGAAAAAAAAUUCGAUUUUUUAAACGUGGUAAAAACGUGCCGUAUGAUGAAAUAAUGUAAAGGAGGCCGUGAAAAACACUCCAGAAAGGUUUUCUUUGAAAAAAAAAAACAUCAUGAAUUUUGGCCUAAAAAAAACACCAUAGUAUACUAUGUCGAAAAAAAAAUGUGAUUUUUCAACAUGUUGUAAAAACGUGCCGUAUGAAGAAAUGAUGUAACGAAGGCCGUGAAAAACACUAUGGUAAGGUUUUCUUUGAAAAAAAAAAUCAUGAAUUUUGGCGCAAAAAAAUGCCAUAGUAUAACUAUGUCGAAAAAAAAGCGAUUUUUCAACAUGUUGUAAAAAUGUGCCAUAAGAUGAAAUAAUGUAAAAGAGACGGUGAAAAACACUAUGGUAUGGUUUUCUUUGAAAAAAAAUCAUCAUGAAUUUUCGCGCAAAAGAAAACGCCAUAGUAUACUGUGUUGGGAAAAAAAAUCGAUUUUUUAAUGUGGUAAAAACGUGCCGUAUGAUGAAAUAAUGUAAAGGAGGCCGUGAAAAACACUGCAAUCAGGUUUUCUUUGAAAAAUAAAAUCAUCAGGAAUUUUGGCGCAAAAAAACGUCAUCCUAUAGCAUACCGCCAUCCUAUAGCAUGUCGCUCUUGAAACGUCAUAGUGUAGCAAGUCGCUCUAAAAAUGUCAUAGUAUAGCCUUUGGUCCAAAAAACGUCAUAGUAUAGCAUGUCGUCCAAAAAAAUGUCAUAGUAUAGCAUGUCGCUCUAAAAACGUCAGAGUAUAGCAUGUGGCUCAAAAAACGUCAAAUUUAGCAUGUCAUCCAAAGAACAUCAUAGUAUAGCAUGUCGCUCUUAAAAUAUCAUAGUACAGCAUGUCGCUCUUAAAACAUCAUAGUAUAGCAUGUGACCCAAAAAACGUCAUAGUAUAGCAUGUUGCCCAAAAAACGUCAUAGUAUAGCGUGUCGCUCUAAAAACAUCAUAGUAUAGCAUGUCGCUCUGAAAACGUCAUAGUAUAGCAUGUCGCUCUAAAAACGUCAUAGUAUAGCAUGUUGCUCUAAAAACGUCAUAGUAUAGCAUGUCGAUCUAAAAACAUCAUAGUAUAGCCUCUGCUCUAAAAAUGUCAUAGUAUAGCAUGUCGUCCAAAAAACAUCAUAGUAUAGCAUGUCGUCCAGAAAACGUCAGAGUAUAGCCUUUGGUCUAAAAACGUCAGAGUAUAGCAUGUCGCUCUGAAAACGUCAUAGUUUAGCCUUUAGUCCACAAAACGUUAUGUCCUGGCUGUGUGAAGUAGGUGAGGAGCAAUAGAAAAACAGUCCAAACGCUGGUUUCCAGAGGGUUAGACGAGUAUUUAUUUGAAAGAGUAAGUUUACAACAACACAACAUGUGAGGGGGUUAAAAGCAAAUGGGUGUUAGUAAAAUAAAAAUAAAUAAACAGAAUUAAACGUGAACUUCACGUUGACAUUGAUGGAUAUUCCAACCAUGAACAAAGUAAAAGAUAAUCAAUACGAAAAUCAACUCUUCCUGUUCACCUCUUAAAACCCAAAAACACACCGCAGUAGCAUCCUAAACUAAAACUACCAAUGGAUUCCCUGUUUUCCUUUCUGAACAAUUCAAAGGUCCCUUUCUAUCUCCCCACAUAUCCACCAACCACUGGAACACAUCUGCAAAGUUCUGCCGGGCCAGCUCAGCUUCCCCUCAGAAGAAGUGCAGCCACCUGCCAGAUGAAGGAGCCUUUUGAGAGGCAGCUGGCAUCGUGAUUGGACUGUACUUUGGUCUGUUCCAAUCCAGCUUCAGCUCCAGAGACGGCAGGCGGGACGAGUCAACGGAGGCCGGGUGGACGAAGGCAUGCAGCUGAGUGGAAAAAAAAAUGCGAUUUUUCAACAUGUUGUGAAAACAUGCCAUAUGAUGGAAUAAUGUAAAAGAGGCCGUGAAAAACACUCCAGAAAGGUUUUCUUUGAAAAAAACAUCAUCAUGAAUUUUGGCGCAAAAAAACGCCAUAGUAUACUAUGUCGAAAAAAAAAUGUGAUUUUUCAACAUGUUGUAAAAACGUGCCAUAUGAUGAAAUAAUGUAAAGGAGGCCAUGAAAAACACUCCAGAAAGGUCUUCUUUGAAAGAAAAAUCAUCAUGAAUUGUGGCGCAAAAAAAACGCCAUAGUAUACUAUGUCGAAAAAUGUCAUUUUUCAACACUAAAUCUUAUUGAAAAAUAUGUUUUACUUAAGUCCACCUGUUUCAGCCAUCUCUACCCCUCAUUAGGUACCACUCUAUGGUACAUUAUACAAAAAAAAUCCAGUAGAUGUCACUGUGUUUUGAAAUAGCAUGCAGAGCAAGUUAGUCUGCUCACAGGAAGUUAGCACGAGCAAAAUCACUCCUCACAUGAGGCCUCUGUUUGCCGUGAUUUUCAAAGGUAAUGUAAUACUUUUGACAUAUUAUGUUGCCUAAGGAGUUGCUGAACACAAAUGUCUCAUUUGAAAUGUCAAAAAAAGAUUUAAAAGAGUAAAAUAAUUUUUCUCAA